AUGGCAGCAGAAGAGUCCUGGAUUCAUCUCUUUGGUCACUUUCUCGAUGACGACAUCGAUUGUAUGCCUUUUGACAUGCCGUCAUCAAAGAUAUUUGUUAGUAGGCUGCUGUACGAGGGUCUCGAAGAAAAGGUAUUCAGUCUACACUUGAUGUUCUCGAAAGAUGAAGACCCGGACAAGAAGCCUCAAACACCUCAGUACAAGCGAAUGGUGCAAUGGUUGCUGGACUUCCUGAACCUGGAACCAAAUUCUGGCAGGGAAGAUCUAGAUUCCGGCGUCGAUUCAGUUGAAGACACGUGGGGGGCCCGUUUCCUCGAAGCAUGGAGCAAUCUGAUGGAGGGACAUCGCCCAGGUUCUUUUGAUGACGCUGAGCCACCCGAGAGGCAAGAAGCAUCGGAUAAGGGCUACUUGGCCGACGCAAAGGCAAAGUGGGCGCCCUUACUUGACCUGGUACGGGAGACCGAGGUGCACCUGUAUCCUUUGCAGGAAUCAUUUCUGCAGGCGAAUCAACCGAUGGACGAGUUGAGAAGUGAAGCUGUGUGGGAGGAUAUUGUGAUAAUGGAGGAAAGAUCACCUAGACUACAUAAUGGCCAAGGUGACAUCCCUGGCUAA